UAAAUUACUAUUUUUUUGAUUUAAAUUGAAUUUUAAUUAUUUUCAAAAUAAUAGUAUCCUAAUAUAAAAGAUUUCAUUUCAAACUAUUUCGAUUUUUUGAAAUAGUUGGAUUUGAAAAGUCUGAUCCAACAAAACAAUUCAGUGCGGAAUGUGACAAUCAAAACUUUUAAAAUUUAUUUUGGUUUGAUAAAAGAUAAUAUUUAUUUAACUUCAACCAUUUACAAUUAACUUAAAAUUCUACUAAAAAAUCUCAAUUAAAUAUGAAAAACAAAAAUUAGUAAGAUUACAAAUUAUAUAAUUGUCUUCAAUAACUAUAUAAAACGAUACAUUGCAUUUUCAUCUCUAAUAGAGAUUAAUAUUAUAAUUCUAAUUUUAGAUUUGUUACAUUUGGGUCAAUAAAUUUGUAAUUUUGUUGUAUUAAAAUUGAGAUAAUAUUACGUAAUUUUAACAUAUAAAAUUAUUAAUUUUUUUAGAAUUUUUUUUUCCGGAUUUCUUGAACAAAACAUUAAUCUAGGUUUAAAUUAAAUUCAGAAUCGUAGAAUUAGUUGAACAUCCCAAGACGUUUUGAAUAAGAUAAGAGUAUUCUCUUUAUAUUUUUGUAUUUGGAAAUGCACUUUUAAACACAAUUUAUAUGGAAGAUAGGAAGAAAAGUUUUUAAGAAAUAGAAUAAAGAGGGAAAAAAGAAGAAGAGAAGUUUCUUAAUUUAUUUUCUUGCUUCUUGUUUGGGAUUGGAAGAAAAUAGGAGUAAACGAUUUUAAUCUUGGAAAUGAAGUGAAAAAACUCAAUCGUAUAGAUAUUAUUUUCCCAAAUCUGUUGUCUUAAAUUAAAAACAAAUUGAAAAAAAAAAAAAAGAAAACAGAAAAAAAGAAAACAGUACUGUAUCAAAUUAAAAUUCUUAGAUUCUGAAGGGUUUAAAUUGUUAAUUUUAGUGAUUGAAACUCCAUAACAGUAAAGCAACGCACUGAAUGAGUACAAGAAAAGCUGAGUUGGUACCUUAAAAAGCAAACAAAACCAGCUUGAAUGGAUUUUAAUUCUUAAGUGUGUGUGUGAUCUUGUGGCUUUCCAGCUUGUCUUUUUGUAUAUAAUGAUUCAGCUUUUGGAUUUAAAACUAUUGAUAGUACAUCGAUGUUGGAAAGACAAAACAACAUUGGCAAAGUUUAUACAAGCCUUUCAAGAUUCUUUAUGGAGAUGCAUGUGCAAAUAAAAUAUAUGCAUAACUCUGGGAACCAUGUUUUAGAUCGAGACACAUACAUAAGCCUUUGCCAUAUGUGGGUAAUAUCAUUAUAUUGACUAGGGACCUGAAACUAACAAUAACUGAUGCAAGCAAGGUUCUUCGAGACAGGCAUUGCAUUUCUCUUCGAUACAUCAAAUUUCAUCUCUCAAGAUGGAAUCAAGACAUUCUUACAAGGAAAUCUUGCCAGUUGCAACCAUGGUAGUAGCAGAGUUUUGUGGUGUCGGCUUAAACACUCUGUUCAAAGCUGCUUCUUUGAAAGGGAUGAGUUAUUUUGUGUUCCUUUUUUACUCCAACAUGCUAAAUACUCUUCUUCUCGUCCCCAUUCCCUUUUAUCUUUGCAGUAGAAGAAUGGUUUCCUUGUUCAAAUUUCCUCUUCUAUCCAGAAUCUUUGCACUUGGGAUUAUUGGGCUUUUUGCUCAACUCAUUGGAUAUAAAGGAAUAAAAUAUACUUCUCCAACUAUGGCUUCUGCAAUGAGCAAUCUCACUCCAGGUUGGACCUUCUUAUUUGCAGUCAUUUUCAGGAUGGAGAAGUUGAGUUGGAGCAGUUCAAGCACUCAGAUUAAAAUCAUUGGCACUGUAGUAUCCAUAUUAGGUGCACUAAUGGUGGUUCUCUACAAAGGCCCAAAAGUUCUAUCAUCUUCAUCCUCAAUAUCAUCCAUUUUACUUAGUCAGGAAUCAUCACAAUCAAAUUGGGUAGUUGGUGGCUUUUUACUUGCUGUCCAGCAUAUUCUUUAUUCAUUCUUGUAUAUUCUUCAGACUCAAAUGGUGCAAAUAUGCCCUUCUCCUCUACUUGUAUCAUUCUCCUGCUACUUGUACACAACUAUCAUAUCUGCUCCAGUUUGUUUUAUAGCAGAACCAGACUUGAAUGCUUGGAGGUUAAGACCAGAUAUAACAUUGGUUGCACUUGUAUACGCGGGAAUUCUUGGAGGAGCCUCUCUUGGUAUUGUUCAUUUAUGGUGCUUGCAAAUGAAGGGUCCUGUUUUUGUAGCAACAUUUAGGCCACUGUCAAUUGCCAUAGCAGCCGCCAUGGCUGCUGUAUUCCUUGGGGAUGCUCUUCAUCUUGGGAGUAUGAUUGGAGCAGUAAUGAUAUCGAUUGGAGUGUAUGCUGUGAUAUGGGGAAAGGCAAAAGAAGAAGUGAAGGCUAAAUUAUUUUCCAGUGGUACUACCCCACUCUUGCAGGAGCAUAAAGUUGAAGACUCCUUGAACAAGAGAACUGAUGAGGGCAAUCAUCAAUUUGUUUGCUAGGAAGGUUGAGAGUUAAGAUUGUUCUUUUGGUAUUUCUUCUCAAGUUCUUGUAAUAAUGCAUGUUGUAAACUUUUUGCUGGUUAAGUAGCGUUGGGAGAAAACUAAGAAAAGUAUAUGGUCUUUGUAAACUGUUGAAACUGAUUAUAUUGAUCUAUGAUGAUUAUCUUACAUAAGAAUUCUAAGAUUAUUUGAGUA